UCUUAUCAAACAAAUACAUUGGGCAAUAUAUUUUUUAUGUCAGCAGACCAUUGACAAUGUAAUCAACCCUUGAGCAAAACAAACACAUAUUUACUGAUUCAAGAAUCUUGUUGUGAGAUGGAAUUCCAUCGCUUCAAAACCCGCGGCAGGAGGCGAAGGAGGACAUGCACGCUCGACUAUGACAAGGAGCGCGUUUGGGAACCAAGCUAUCUGAGGGCCAGAUGUAAGGAGCUUCACCUGGAGGAGGAGUACAAGUGGUAUCAGGUGCGUCUAAUGACCAGUUACCUGGGAGUCUUCUUUCUUCUGCAUAUGGCUGUCUCCGCAAGCUCUGUGGCAAUCCUGUUGCUAUUGACCGAUCACACGUAUCGCAUCUAUCCCGAUGUGGCUUUAAUUAUAAUCAAUGCCUUUUUAUUGCCCCUUGUGCUGAGCAUCAAUUUAUUCGAGGACAUUGUGCGGCGACACAGAUGGGUAUUGGUGUUGUCGUCGGUUCUGGCUACAUUUUGUUUAAUAGGGGCAGAUUUGGGAUUGGUCACUUAUCAUUAUGUAGCUCACGAUUGGCCCCUUAAUUCGUCUAUGGACAUUUACGCCCUUUGUAUGAUCUACAUGUUCCUGCCGAUUCCAUCCGUGAGAGUGGCUGCUCUCCUUGGUUUCAUUGUCAGUGUCCUGUAUGUGGCGUACUAUAUGAAAGUGCUCGCGUUUCUUGCGGUGUACGCCGGUCGCGACAUUCAAAACUAUGAAAGGAUAACAGUGGACAUCUUACAUUAUUUCGGCUUCACCAUGAUGGGCGUAUUCUUUCGUCUCAUGAACGACACCAUGGUUCGGGCGUCCUUCCUUGACCGCUACCAGUUCAUCAUGGAGGAGAUCUGGUUGCGCCACGCCCUGCUCCAGGAAUCGAUGCUGCUGGACAAUACCUUGCCGCCACAGAUCGCCAAGCCAUAUCAGGAGAGCAUUAGAAACAAGAUCACACAGUUGGAUAGCGAAUUGAAGUUCAAGUCCUGGGGGAACUAUGGGAGCAGCAUGGCCAUCCAGAUGCAUUCCGAGGUUAGCAUUCUGUACGCGGACGUGGUGAACUACACCUACCUGACCACGACCCUGUCAGUGGAGACCCUGGUGAAGGUGUUGCACGAUCUCUACGGUCGAUUUGACAUGGCUGCCGCUACCUACAAGGUCCAGAGGAUCAAGUUCCUGGGCGACUGCUACUACUGUGUAGCCGGUCUCGAGGACCCUGACCCGGAUCAUGCACAAAACACCGUUGCCCUGGGCCUUGCCAUGAUUUUCAACAUCCAGGAAGUGCGGGCCGAACGGGAACUGGACAUCGAUAUGCGCAUUGGAGUCCACUCGGGAAGUCUCUUUGCCGGGAUCAUUGGACAGGUAAAGCUGCAGUUUGACAUAUGGGUGAUCAUUUUGCAGGAGCUGAUGUGGACAUUGCUAAUCACUUGGAGGCCACUGGGGUACCGGGCUCCGUCCACAUCAGUGGCCGGACUCUGAGCAUGCUAAAUGCGUCUCAGUACACAAUAUUGCCAGGCACAAAGAUGGCCCAGGAAGAUCCGG